UGCGUUGGCAAAAUACCAAGUUCAGCAUCAUCACCGUUUAAGACUGUAGAGGAACUCCCUUUUAUAGCUGUUAUUAACACAAAAUCUUUCAAAUUUGAGUCAAGCACUCCGAGAUAAGCCGCAAAGAUGCUGCUCUCCGAAGAACCCGCAAUUCUCAUUCAUCAUACCAUCGAAAACUUCAACAUCGCACCAGACAAACUUGCCGUCUCCCGUGUUACAGAGUCACUUUCGACACUCCAACAAGCUCGCGACCUUCGCGUUCGUGAGGCAGAAUCCUCACUGAAGAAGCUCUCUCGUCAGCUCGCCACACACACAUCGCGACACGACGACCUCGUUGCGUCACACUCAUCAGCGGAUCACGCGUCCAACAUCGCACGCCUAGACACCCUGAAAUUUCGUACCGCCAAAGCUGCCGCUGAUGCUGAAACCGACGCUGAGCGCCUUGCUCUGACGGCCGCUGACCUCAAGGCUCGUCUUCGCGAGCUGGAGCUUCAGGGCGUGGAGGGCGAUGCGGCAGCUAAUGCUCGACGCAGAGAUCCAGUUGAUGACGAGGUGCUGCUGAGGCUCAAGGUGUAUCGAAGCCUGGGCAUCGACAUUGAGAGGGACGAGAGGGAUGGUGAGUGGUCCAAGGCUGUUAUUCGGAAUGAUCGCAAAGGGGACGUGCAUGUUGUCAACAUGGACAAGAAGUUCUCGCGAUUCUUUUACGCAAACUACUUCUGGCAGACUCUCUAAGAAGACAAUCCCUUCUUUUUGGUUGGCCAAUGUUAUCAUGAUAAUUUAUUUACGCUGGGUUGGCGUUGGAGGCGUUGCAGAUACCAGGAAUAGGACAUUGCAACCAUUAUAUCAUUUCAGUAUACGAGCAAUGGCAGAUUAGAAUUCCCGCUG